GGUAAUGCAGCAGUGCACUGCGUCUUUUGGGACUUUGGGAAGAACAAUGGACUGGGUGGUUGGAAUACAUCAGGGUGUGAAAUGGAAUAUACAGAUACGAAUUACACAAUCUGUUUUUGUAACCAUCUUACCCAUUUUGGAGUCCUACUGGACUUGUCCCGGACAGAGAUAGAUACCACGCAUGAACGCAUAUUAACUCUGAUAAGCUAUGUAGGAUGUGGAGCUUCUUCCGUCUUUUUGGGUAUAACGCUGGUGACAUAUCUAGCUCUUGAAAAGCUGCGGAGAGACAACCCUUCAAAAAUCCUGCUCAAUCUUUGUUCUGCACUGCUGAUGCUGAACAUCAUCUUCCUCACCAAUUCCUGGCUGUCCUCGUUCCACCAGCCAGGUCUCUGUAUCACCGUGGCCGCCCUCCUUCACUAUUUCCUUCUUGCAGCUUUCACGUGGAUGUGCCUGGAGUCUGUUCACUUUUACUUUGUUCUUGUCAAAGUUUUCAAUGUUUACGUCCCAAAGUACAUCCUAAAAUGCUGUCUUGCUGGCUGGGGAAUACCAGCUAUUGUAAUUGCUAUUGUGCUUAUUAUAAAUAAAGACUACUACGGCAAUGGAUCACAGGCUGAGAGCAAUCCAUUCAGCAAUUUCUGCUGGAUUCAGGAGAACACAGUGUUUUACAUCUCCGUUGUGGUCUAUGUCGGCUUAAUAUUUUUGAUGAAUACAGCCAUGUUCAUCACUGUUCUCAUUCAAAUCCACGCCAUGAAAUCCAGGACACCAAAGAGAUCCAGAUUCUGGAAACGGGGUUUUCUUCAAGACAUCAGAAGUGCUUUCAGCUUGAUGUUCCUUUUGGGCUUAACUUGGGGCUUUGCCUUUUUUGCCUGGGGAGCAGCGAGGAUACUUUUCUUGUAUCUCUUCAGCAUUUUUAACACCUUGCAAGGGUUCUUUAUCUUUGUGUUUUACUGCCUGCUGAAGGAAGAAGUAGUGAAGCAGUGCCGACUGCACUUUUGCUGCGGAAGAUUUCGUCCCAGUAAUUAUUCUGCUGAAGUUCAUUACAACCCCAGUGCUGUACCUCCAGAAGAUGAUGAGACCAAACAUCCUUGUUCACGAAGAAUACUACCCACGGAUACAGGGCUGUACUGUCCAGAGAAAGCAAGAUUUUUUCACUGA